AAAAUUUGUCUUUCUUCUAUCAAAUCUUUCCCAUUCUCAUAUUCUUUAAACCCUAUUUCAAAGUGCUUUUUCUUCUAGUGAAAAUCAAGGUAAAUGACAUGACAUCGGUUAUCAGAAGAAGACACGGGCAAGCUCUAAGGCUUUCAUUACCUAAACCUCAAAUUACACAUUCUUCUCAUAGUUUCCCUAACCAAACCCGCAUGCCAUCUUUGAUUUCAUCACCAUCCUCUCAUGGUAUCAGAAGCCUCUCAGACCUUGAAAAAGUAGCAGUACUUGGCCAUGGAAAUGGUGGAAUAGGGUACAGAGUUCAUCACAAGAAGAGUAAUUCAUUUUAUGCAUUGAAAAUUUUAAACUUUGAUCAAGAUGGUAUUGCAUUUCACCAACCACCAACAUUUGAAGCUGAGAUUCUCAAAAGAGUUGAUUCUCCUUAUAUUGUAAGGUGUCAUGCAGUUUGUUACAUUCCAACAUAUGUAGCACCGACACUUCAGACUAAAGGCGUGUUUGGUGACCUUAGUUUUGUUAUGGAAUAAAUGGAAGGAGGGUCAUUGCAUGAUAUCUUGCAACAGCAUCACAGGCUUCCUGAGGAGGUGAUUUGUGUAUUGGCAAGGAAUGCUUUGGAAGGGCUAAACUAUUUGCAUGGUAUGAACAUUGUUCAUAGAGAUAUUAAACCUUCAAAUUUGUUUCUGAAUGAAAAAGGGGAGGUGAAAAUAGCAUAUUUUGGAGUUAGUCAUGUGAUUGAAGGGAUAUUUGAAGCAAAUGAUAUGAAUAGUACAUGUGCAUACAUGAGUUCAGAAAGAUUUGAUCUUGAAAGAUGGGGUGGUGAAAAGGUAACGUUUGCUUACCUCACUAUGCUAGAAAUGGCGUCAUAGGAAAAGUCGGUGUAAGAAACCCAGCAAAACAAUGGAGAUAUGAAAUUUUGGUUUCUACUUGGUCUGAACCAUAAAUGAUUUUGCCAUGUAUUGUG